AUGGGUGACUUUGAGCCCUCCGAAUUAGGUACUAAGGCUCAGUAAGCAGUAUCCACCGUCCUUUUUCUUCUAACCUACAUCUCAAAGCUGGGAUAGCCACUACGAAAGGGAAUUGCAGAACUUUGACGAAGCUGGUGACAUUGGAGAUAUCUGGUAAGUCCAAUGGCCACAUUCUAUCCCUAAAAGGUUUGGCCAGCAAAGCGAGAAACGUGUGCUCAAAUACCUGUCUGAUGUCGGCAUUCCGUCUGAAUCGCGAAUCCUCGACGUUGGGAGUGGAAACGGUCACUUGGCCAUCGAAUUGGUACACUAAACUCAUCAGCCUCUCUCACAUUGGUUGAUCCUUUUAGGCCAAAAGAGGCUUUGAACGUGUGAUGGGGAUCGACUAUUCUGAAAAUGCAAUAGCCCUUUCCAAGAAGCUACUCACUGAGGAACCUGCCCUCUCAGAUCGCGUUGACUUUAAGGUUUGUUGAGUACUUUCUCUCUGAUUAGUUCAUUUUGCAGGCUCGGUUGCGCCCAACGUAGUUAAACAGUCUUUCACACUAAGUAUUAGUUUUUUUUUCAACGCACUUCAUCGGCUGGUGAAGUGCACAUACUUCAUAUGCGAACAUUCUGGAAUAUCCCUUUUCUAACGAGGGGUUCGCUAGUGUUUUUCUAACGAGCCUGGUUAAAUUAAUCGGGUUUCACUUGUAAACACUGCUGGUACUAAUAACAUCGUUACUACUAGUACUAUCACCACCGCCACCGCCAACUACUACCACUGUUACUACAACAACAACAACUACUGCUGCUACUACUACUGCUGCUGCUACUACUACAACUACUGCUACUACUACUACUACUACUACUACUACUACUACUACUACUACUGCUACUACUACUACUACUACUACUACUACCACUGCUACUACUGAUACUACUACUGCUACUACUACUAUUACUACUACUAUUGCUACCACCACUACUACUACUGCCACCAUCACUAAUGCCAUUGCUACUACUAUUUCUGCUACCAUCCUGCACCGAGGACUGCCGAGUUUUUAAACUUCCGUUUGCCCUAUGCAGACUGGAUUGUGCUUUGAUUUUACGUGACGAGGGUCAGUCUGCAUUGGGAAAUCUGGUGGGUAAAACUGCCAACCAGUGUAGGGAAUUUCAUACGUUAAAGUUUAAAAGUCGAUUACCGGAAGAAUCAGCCUUUUUCACCUGAUCUUUUGGACCGGUCCUCCGGUCUAUCUCUUGAAAUAUGAAAAGAUCGACAAAAAGAACAGUUUAAGUUGCGAACUACUCAGUAAACUCAGCUAUUGGGGAUACCUGCGUUGAUCUUUGCAGCAAAGCCAUCAAUUUCUUUGCUGGUUUGUGACCUUCAGCUUGACAACGUAGCACCGAGUAUGCGAUUGCUAGCCUUAACACGCGCCUCAUGACAACGCAGUCCAGGGCGUGAUCUUGCUCUAAAUAAUGAUUUGACACCGGUGACCGUGUGUUUAGCCCUCAUAUGUUAAUACAAGCCAGUUACCAGUUUUCCUCAAGUUUGGCCUGCAUAGCUGCAGGUGCACUCAGCGCAAAGAAUACGUCUAUCCCCAGGCUUAAUCAGCCCUUGACGUGGAUGGUUUGACUGAGUCCUGUAACCACCGGCCUGUGAAUAUCAGAACGACGCGUCCUGCGGCCUCGGAGACGUUUUUAAUGUGCGUCAUCAUGUGGGGUUCUGUUUUAUCAUUAUCAUCAUAUGGUUGAUUUUGGCGAGGCUUUAGGCGUUGGUUAAGGAUAUCUCUGGGUAGCCGCUAAUUCCGAAUCGACCAGGGAGGUAGUGAGUUUUGUUAGUAUUUGCUUCCGGCGUGACAGGUGUAUGUGUAUUCAUCCGUGUGCGACCCCUUUUACAGCUCAUUUUAUUUUAUAGCGGUGAUUAACAGGAAAACUGAAGAGCUGCAUUGUAUUCGGACCGCCAUUUUGUUGUCUACUGGUGAGAACGCCGACGAAUGGGGGUUCCGCUCAGAUUCCAUCUCCACUGUCACCGCAAGGUGGUAAAUGCACUGAGUUCCAUAUCACGACCGGUGAGCACCCUCCCCCUUCAGUCCUUGCACAUUCCCGAUCGAAACCGGCAUGACAACGAGCCCGUGGCUCAGUGGUUAGGGCCGUUAAACUUCUAACCAACGGCUAGCGGGAUUGAGCUGCAGGUGUCCCACACUUCGGGGUUGGGUGUGACUGGCUGACUACUGCUAACGAGCCAGAAAUGGCAAUUCCAGUCUCCCUUGUCUUUGUCAGUAAUAUCACCCUGGUAAUUACACUCAUUUUUUCUCAUUUCACUUCGUUACUGACAUCCUUUGUUCCACCCCCCCCCCGCCUGCCUCGCAGUGUGUUGAUGUCCUAUCCACGGACUCUGUCACGAGCAAUCUCCUAACCGGGGCGGAGAAGGACCUGUUUGAUGUCGUGAUUGAUAAAGGCACCUUUGACGCCAUUAGUCUGGCCAGUUCCGAGUCUCCAACUUUCACGGAUGCAGCAGCCGGUGGCGAGAACGUCGUCAGCUCUCAGCGAGCAGUUUCACGGCGCCCUCGUCAGCUCUACCUAGCGCAUAUCUAUCGACUGAUGCGACCCUCGGGCCACUGCAUAAUCACUUCAUGCAACUGGACAGCUGAUGAACUCAGGCGAGAGUUUGAACAGCCCUUGAGCGAAGAUCGGUCCUCCGAGUUUACCGGCAGCGCGCUCUCACGUCCUCUCUUCUCCUUCUCCCAGGAGCUUCCGCCGCUGCGGACAUUCACCUUCGGCGGAAUGACCGGUGCCGAUACAGUCUGUCUUGUCUUUAAGCCUACCAAAUAA